AGCCACGAUACAAGAGCAGAACAAAAUUUAACGCUUUAAAAGUUUUGUGCGGUUUGCUUAUUUCUUACGACUUUCACGGCAAAAAAAAAAUUCGGGCGAAAUUUGUACAACGUGUGGAAAUGCGGCAAUAGCACAGCAUAGCGACUACAACAAAAACAAUAAUGCAAGUUUACGAGUAAUUCGAUUUUAGUGUUUAACAAUCAGUGCGAGAAUCGCUAAGAUGCAACAAAAACAACGAAAAUAAUCAGAAACAACACAAAGCCCAAAAAGUUGCAGAAUCGUGUUCUUUCCGCAAAAAGUACAUAUAUGUAUGUACAUAUGCUUAUGUACAUAUAUACAUCUACACGUACUAUAUACGCGUACUUCCGCCGACGGCGGCACACUCGGCAGAGUUAGUGUUGUUUUUGUUGAUACGCCGUCUGUGACUUCUACUGAGAUUUGAGAGUGGGACAGACUUUUGGACUAAAUACAGAGCGCUUAGCGUGUUUCUGUUUCAACUCGUUACCGUUCAGCCAGAAAUGAUUACUAGAAAAUUCAGAUAAAAAUGAUAAGGCAAAUUUAUUGGACGGCUACAAAAAGUCGGGCAACUUUGCUCGUGAUAAGUAUUUGUGUGCUGAUUGCACGUAACACGUCUGGAAAGAAUCUGAAUGCAAGUCAAGCUUUUGACGACACAUGGAACACGGCAUCCGAUUUAGAAAAUGAACUAGAACAACAAAAACGAGCUAACGGCAACAACGCGCCUGUAUUGAGUUCAGGGUUAGCGUCCAGUGGAGGAUAUGGCCAAUGGUCAUCCUGGUCAGAUUGGUCGACAUGCUCUCGCACCUGUGAUGGUGGUAUUAUGCAGCAAAUACGUCGGUGCAGCACCACAGGUAACUGUCGCGGCGAGAGUGCUCGAUAUCGCAUCUGUAAUAUGCAACCAUGUCCGGAGCAGCAGGACUUCCGGGCAAAUCAGUGUGCCGCUUACAAUGAUGUACCCUAUGACGGAACCCUCUACAAGUGGACCCCACACUAUGAUUAUGUUGAGCCCUGCGCCCUUACGUGCAGAGGUCAUCCCGCUCAUCUCACAGAAGACAUCUCACCAGAGUCAGCUAGCGCCAAUGGAGAGGAAUCACUGCAUUACGACGAGCAGAGUGUCAUUGUGCAAUUAUCGGCACGUGUUCAGGAUGGAACACGAUGUCGCUCCGGAAGCUUGGAUAUGUGCAUACAAGGCAAAUGUCAGCGUGUCGGCUGUGAUUUAAAAAUAGGUUCUACUAAAAAAAUUGAUGGUUGUGGCGUGUGUGGGGGUGAUGGCAACUCCUGUUCGCAACCGCUAUAUUACUGGGAAUUGGCACCGAUGACACAAUGUUCUGUCACCUGCGGCGGCGGUUACAAAAUGUCUCGCCCUAUAUGCAGGAACCGUCUCACUGGCGCUGAUGUCGAUGAGACGCUCUGCAGCGUUGCUAAUCGCCUCGAGCCAUCAGUGGUACCAUGUAAUACACACAGCUGUCCGCCGCGUUGGAUAACUGACGAUUGGAGUACCUGCAGUCGUCUUUGUGGACACGGUUACCGAGAACGGAUGGUUGUCUGCGCUGAGGCGACCAACGGCAUCAAGACGAGGGUUGCAGAUAUUAUGUGUCGAACUCUGAAGCCACCAACACAAGAGACGUGCAUUAUAGAGGAGUGUCCGCAUUGGGAGGUGGAGGACUGGACUGGAUGUUCCGUUUCAUGUGGACAAGGUAUUCAGAUGCGUGGUGUGGAAUGUAAAUCCACAGAUGGUAGCCUAAGUGCCAAAUGCGACCCCUUGACCAAGCCAGGCGGCAUGCAGCAGUGCUCAAUUGGUAUACGUUGCGCUAGAGGAAGUAGUGGUAACGACAAUGGAGCAGGCGGACUUAAUAAUGGCGGUGGUACCAUCAUUGUUGGCAGCAGCCGCUCUUUGAACGAGCAUUCGGACCGUCAUAACGAUGGAUCUGAUCUCUAUGACGAUGAUGAUAAAGAUGAAGAUGACGAUGAUGACGUUGAAGACACUGAUUCUGGACAAGCCACCGACACUGAUGAUGACGAGGGCUUAUCCUAUUCCGAUCAGUCAAUACAUUAUGCACAUCUCACCCAAAGUAGAAUGCAUCAUGAGAUCGCAGAGGAGCCGCUCACCAUGCGACUAAUGAGCUCUACCAAUAACUAUAACAAUGCUAAAGUCGCGGCGAAUGAAGAAACAGAUGUUCCAUCAUUAGACCCAACUUUUAUCAAGGACACGGAAUGGUCACCUUGUAGCGUAACGUGUGGCGAGGGAAUUCGUCGACGUACAUUUAAAUGUAAAAUCUAUCUAGAAUACUCCCGUACGGUGGCCACGGUAAAUAACACCUUGUGCGAAGGGUCCAAACCCCACGAUGAAGUCGAACGUUGCGUAGAGGAUCCAUGCAUGCUGCCCUCACAUGGGUAUGACGAUCAGUUUCCUCGUGACUCAAUAAAGGUCGGAGUAUCAGAGCCGGGGAAGACUUAUGUGUGGCGUGAGCAAGGCUAUACUUCAUGCAGUGCCUCUUGUUUGGGCGGUGUAGAGGAAUUGAUCAUUAACUGUGUGCGUGAGGACAACGGGCGGGUAGUUUCGCCAUUCCUUUGCUCGCCAGAAACAAAACCGGAAGCUCGUGUUCGUACAUGUAAUGAUCGUCCAUGUCCCCCGCGCUGGAAUUAUUCAGAUUAUACGCCGUGCUCCAAAAGUUGUGGCAUUGGUAUUAAGACACGCGAAGUGCAAUGCAUUCAUGAGGUAACCAGAGGCGGUGAGAACACUAUGGUCGUGCCGAACAGUAUGUGCCCACAGCCGCCACCAGCAGAUCGUCAGUAUUGUAAUGUUCUUGAUUGUCCAGUGCGCUGGGAGGUAGGUGAGUGGUCGAAGUGCUCGCACACAUGCGGCUAUGGCAUCAAAGAACGUAAAGUAGAAUGCAAACAAAUUAUGGCACAGGAGCAUAAAAUUGAACGAGCUGAAUCCAUGUGUCCUAGUGUCAAGCCGCCGGAUAAAAAGCCGUGCAAUGUCAAGACAUGUCCCCCUGAAGAUCCUAAGCCUGUUAUACAAAUUAGCAAUUCGACACACAUUCAGCACGAUCCGAAAAAGACAAAGAUUACUUUAAAAGUAGGUGGUGCUGGUGUCGUAUUCUUUGGCACCCAAGUGAAGAUCAAAUGCCCAGUUAAACGCUACAAUCGCACCAAAAUCAAAUGGAGUAAGGAUCAUAAGCCACUAACACGAUCCCGUAAAUUUAAAGUAUCCAAAAAGGGAGCGUUACGGAUACUGGACAUCACCUUUCGCGAUGCAGGUGUAUAUUCUUGUCACGCUGGUCUCAGUUCGGCUGAAAUUCAAAUUGAAGUUAAGGCAAAGCCCGGCCAACAAACUGAAGAACUUGAACGGUAUGAAGCAGAUCGACUAGUCCGUGAACAAAGUGGAACGGAAGCCCUAACUUCAGCAGACAUGACAUCCCCUCCUAAUGGCGGUAUAGAUCAAGAAACACCAGGUGGCACUUAUGGUACCUCUAAUGGAUCUAAUCAGCAGUCCACUCGCCGCAAACAGCAGAAUCCGUUGGAUAGAUUGCAGAAUGGACGUGAACGAAAUCGACGUCCCAAAAAUAAUGGAUUUCAACAUGCGGACAGCAGCAUUAUGGAAGACGAGCAUUCGCAACUAGUUCAAACUCAGGACAGAAUCCCAGAGCCGGCGAGUGCUAGCAGCGGCAGCAGUCGCUCCAGAACUUUACUGGCCAUACCUUAUUUUCAGGCGUUACUAAGUAAUCUCCAGCUAUUGUGGCCGCUGCAGCCCUUUAGAAAGUCGCGCGGCCAGCAAAUAUGGCAUGACGUACCUUUUGAUUUGGAACGUUUGGAACAGGAUGAAGCAUUAAACGAAAUGACUAAAGAUUUGCAGACGGAGUCUAGUCGUAUCAUGCCCGUAAGAAAGUCGCCAAUAAAAAUAGCAGAGGCUUUUACCAAUUUGAGACAUGCAAAGAACGAUCGAUAUAUAUACAAAUGGCAGCUGGGGGAGUGGUCCAAGUGCUCACAGCAGUGUGGUGCCGCAGGCGGCGGAUUGCAGCGCCGCUCGCUGAGCUGCCAGCGUACGGAAACAAAGGCAUCGACAUGGAGGACAACUGGAAAGACACCAACGACAUCGAUGUCAAAUGGCAACAGUGUAUAUGUCGUUGAAAAUGCACAGUGCACAGCCCAAGGGCUGGAUUUGCCCAACACGUUCCAGAGCUGUGGCGACGAGCCCUGUCCUUACUGGACCAAAGGAGAUUGGACGCUCUGCCAGCAUUCGCUUUGCCAUGAACGCAAUAUUGCCGUACAGCGGCGUGAAAUAAGCUGUCAGUAUGAAAACGGCAGUUUGGGUACUGCCUGCCAUGAGUAUCAGAAACCACCAGCGCGUCAAGAAUGCCACAAUGAGCGCUGCAAGGGUGUUUGGCAUGUGGAGCCGUGGUCUGAGUGCAAUGCGCCAUGUGGUCGUCAGGGAAUAAAAUUUCGCAUUCUGCAGUGCGUCUGGUAUGGCACUCAUAGACCCGCGGGUAACAUCUGCAAGCAUCACCCUCGGCCAGUGGUAAUGAAAGUGUGCAAAAGUCGGUCUUGUCAAGCCAAAAGUUGUCUGGAUACCUCACGAUAUUGCCACAAUGCUUUGGCCAUGGGUCUGUGUAGACUGCAUCGUUAUAAGGAAAAGUGCUGUGGUUCCUGUCAGUUCAAUCAGCAGAAGCAUCUAUAGAUCCUCAGC